UGAAAUUCUGAGAAUCAGAAUAAGGGAAAAAGUGGAGCCGCAGCAUCCGUGAGUAAUUAGAAGCGUGUUCUGCCUUGUCAAGGUAAAAAUAAAGUUUCCAACCGUUGCAUGGACUCAUUUGAAAACACUUGCUGGCCAGUAUGUCCAAUCACAGAGGAAAAUAUGCUGGACUCAUCUGCAUUGCAUUACUUGCGUUAGGCUUCCUUUCUUUGUAUACCAGGCAUUUAAGAACCAUUGCCUUUAUCAAAGAACUGCAUGUGCCAAGGGAUUCAACACCAGCAUCCAUAAUUGAUUUGGAUGGCAAACUUAACUUCAGGGCCAGACCACAUGUUCAGACUCAGACUUCCUGGAACGCGCCUAUUAUGUGGGAACUGAUGUUUGAUGAUAAUCUUUAUGACAGAAAGCACAAGGAAGCCAAAACAGCUGUGGCCCUCACAGUUUUUGCUGUUGGACGGUAUCUGGAAGCCUAUCUCGAAGCAUUCCUGUCUUCAGCAGAAGAACAUUUCAUGCUGGGAUUACCUGUGACAUAUUUUGUAUUUACGGAUUUACCAGAGAAGAUGCCAAAAAUUACCCUUGCUCCUCAACGAAACAUCAAAAUUGUCAAGGUAGAGAAGCACAGCAGGUGGCAAGACAUCUCUAUGAUGCGAAUGAAGACAAUAUCAGAAGUAAUCGACACAGUUCUCAAGCACAACUUCACUUAUGUCUUCUGCUUUGAUGUGGAUCAGAUAUUUAAAGGCAGAUUUGGCUCUGAGGCUCUUGGGGAGUCAGUAGCUCUACUCCAUGCUCACUAUUACAAACUCCCAAAGGACAAGUUCACAUAUGACACAAAUCCAGAAUCCAAAGCUUGCAUGACUGAAGGAGAUUACUACUACCAUGCUGCAAUUUUUGGAGGAACAUGUGAAAAAGUAAAGGCCUUGGCAGAUUACUGUUAUGUCAACAUCAUGGAAGACAAACUGAAAAAUGUAGAGGCUUUAUGGCACGAUGAAAGUCACUUGAACAAGUACUUUUGGCUCAACAAACCCACCAAGUUGCUCUCUCCUGAGUACUGCUGGGAUAAUAGUAUUCCCAAUGCAGAAGACAUAUUCAUCAAGCGUCUAGUAUGGGCCCCAAAAGAUUAUAAGAAGCUUCGUACUCGGUAACAUGCAUAAAAUAUAAAAAGAAAAAAAGUGUGAUGCAAUAUUGGAAAGAAAAACAGUGUUUACAAAACUUGAUUUUGGGUCAUCUAAAGAAUUUGCAACUUCAAAGCUUCAACUCUCAAGGCAAGCUGGUAAAGUUUCUUUAUAAACGAGGCGUAGGUCACUGUUAGUCUAAUAAAAACCUUUUUUCUUGUGCAUGUUGUUCUUGUAAAGGUCAGGUGAAAGCAAUCCUUUGUUUACACUAGUUAACAUCAAUUAAUCCAAGUUUAUUUAGUUGUUUAUUUAGUAUUUAUUUAGCAAUAAACUUUAGUUUAUUAUUAAACUCAAGUUUAGUUAUAAACUAACUUACUAAACUCAAGUUUAGAAAUAAACUAAUACACUUGGACUAAAGUGUGAUAGGCUGUGAUACUCCCUCCAGCCACUUUUUUGUGGAUGUUUUUGUGACACAGAACUACAAAUUAUGAAUAGUCAAUCAGCAUAUUUGCUACAUUUUUUUCAUAGCGCAUAUCGGAAAUAUUUCAAAGAAAAGAAGAGCUGUUUGUUUUACUUGACACUUAUUGGCUGUUUCUAAAUUGGAGAAGAUAAAGAAAACUGUAUAUUAAGGUUUCACUGGACAGCACAAUUUUAAAAAACAAAUAGAACAUUUACUGAAAAUUACAAGGAAAAAAAUUACUGAAAAAUAACAAUUAAAUAUGAAAUGAAGAAGUGGAUGAAUCUAUUGCCAUCAGUUACAUCACAGUAGAGAAAUCACAGUUUUCAAAAUAUAAGCAAUUUUCAGACAGAAAUGAAUGUCCAUAAUGCCUGUUAUAUGCAAGGAAGCAAAUUUACUGAAUACAACUUUAUUUUCUGUAGACACUAUUUCCAUUAUCAGCACUGCUGUUAGCUAAUAGAUCAGCUGUAGAUUAAAAAAAGGCCAUCUAGAAAUGUGCUCCAGAAUAAGGGAUUUUUUUUUUAAAGGUAAAACGUUUUUUGUUGAAUUUCUCUUCAAUGAAAAAUAAAUUUUUUGACAAGACAUGAUUUUAUUUAUGAAUGUAAAUGAAGGUGCUAAACAGUUAAGUGACUAUUCCCUGGAUUAUGUAGUUAGUUUUGGCCAAGAGUUCAUAUUAGUUUGAGAAACUGGAAACGUCCAUCUGCUUCCAUCAGGGCACUUUAAACAAAGGAAGAGCCAAUGAGCAUGAAGAGCAACAUGUUAGACCAAAGGGAAGAACACCCAGGCUCAGAAACAACAAACAGUGUUAUUGUCACAAAGCCUUGACUUUCUUUUAACAAGAGAUGAUGAAGUGAACAUGUCCCAACAGAUGAACUAAAAUCUUUAGAUGACAAAGUCAGCUAAAUGUAAAGGUAAAAUAUCUAACAGUUGAACUUUAAUUCCAAUGGGAAUUAACCCAUGAAUUAAAUAAAACAUAGAAGCUACGUUCUUAUUUGUUUAUGAGUAAGUUUAGAACACUGGGUAAAUAAUGAAAAUAUAUGGAUGACAUAAUGCAAGACUGUCAUGGUGUUUCUAAUACAUUCCGUAUUUGUGCUUUUUAUUGGUAUAUUUUUUUUUUCAUAUGGUUGUUUGAAACAACUUUGCCUUUUCUGAUUCCUUUGGUAAUUGUUUUUGUUUGUUUGUUUUUAUGGAGUUUUUACUUUUUUGGUUCGCUUGUGUGAAGUUUUUAUCUCAGGUUUGCUUCCAAGAAGAUUUUUUAACUUAAAUUGUGAAUUUGCUUAUUAGAUUUUGUCUGUAAUAUUCUGAGUCUUGUCCAAAACCCGUAAGGCUCUAAAUCUACUGUAUAACCGUAGAAUGUCUUUAAAAAUUAUUUUAGAAUUGAUAUAGAUUUUUUUGUGGGUGUGAAAUAAAGUUUAAUAUUUAAAAUA